AUGAAGAAACCUUACCCCCCUUCAGCUUGCUCGAAGCUUGAGUACGUGUUCAAUCACAUAGUGCUCCCGCCUCGUCUUCCUGGAAAGGAGGAAAACUGUGAUGAUGAUAUUCGAUACGAGCUUCUAUCAUUCCUUCAGGACGCGUCAUUAGCCUUUAAAUCUGACUCUGAUAAAGACCUGAGUGCUAUCGGACUGUCUCUCGGCAAGGUUCUUGAGAUUUGCGAGGCUACCAACCUUGGUGGUAAACUAGACAAGUCCACACUGUUACGUGAAUUUCAGGAUAUUGAACCCAAGACCCCUAUCAUUCUCCAUGUUAAAGAACAGAAUGCUGGGCUACUUAUCUGCAAAGACUACAGAGAUGGAGAAGAGAUAGUGCUUUUUGAAGCCUUCGAGGCAUCAGCGGUAUCUGAAAAGGUCCUCUCAGUCGAAGGUUCACUACAAUGGGACUUCCCAGGCGAAGCCGUUGUCAUUCCAUAUACUGUUUUUACCCAGGAAUCGUUCCAAAAGUCACUAUCAAAUUUUCUCGAAUGCGCAAGCACUGAAUCAAUAAAGAGGUUUGCAGCUUGUGUUCUAAAAGCUGGAUCAGUUGCAUUCGAAAACCGCGAUACCACCGAUCCAGCUUUGAUUACUCAGAUGCUGAUGACCUUACUCGAGGCAAAUGGCUCGAGAAUAUUUCCCCCCCUUUUAAGGAAGCGUGUCCGUGACGAAGUUUCCUGGGCUCCUGGUGGUGAGUCUGGAGCUGCUUCACUCUCGCCAGAUAAACUGUCGCUCCUGAAGGCAAAGCUAGCAAGGCGCCUAUCUAAGCUAGAAUUAGAUCGGGAGAAAGCACAGCACGACGACAGAGUGAUCUAUGACCGAUUGUUUGAAAAAUUCGAACACAGCUUCCAAAGCUCUAUCAGUAAUGCUAAUGAUCACAUUGCUAGUGAAUGGAGUGCAUUCAAGGCCCACAUUCAACGCAGAAUUCCCCGUCUUCCAACUCAUGCAGAUGCAGAAUCGCUAAACCUUUCUCUAACAAAUAGUAAGGAAGAAAUUGAAAAAGUAUUAUCCCAAUACGAAAGAGAUGGGUUAUCUAAGAAUUCAAAAUGGUCGAACUACAAGGACUUCAACCCUAAGCACUCGAAUGCUUUUGGCACAUUUGCAAAUAUCUACAAUGACCUCUCUAUGCAAGAGUUGAUACCUGAUGAAGCCUUCCUAAAUCUCAAUGUCGACACACCCAGCGCCUGUACCACGAUUGCGGGCCACAUCAAACAGUAUCUAGACAAAGUUGAAAAACCAUACGAUGACAACCCUGAGCAAAAGAGCAUCAUGAUUUUAAAUGUCAUACGACUUUGGGUGGCACUUGACAAAUAUGCAACCGAGCUAUACCCCUUGUUGCUUGAUUAUCACCCUGGAAUCUCGCCGGAUCUACUUGAUGUACUACAGCUAUCCAGUCUCAGAGACAUAACCCGAUUGAACACCAUUCAGGAAUAUAUCGAUACCCGAUGUACACAGAGUCUGUCUCGGAGAACCAUUUUUGACGAUCCGACAGAGGGAUGCUUUGCAGAAAAAUAUUUUGACUCAUCAGAAGACGCUCAUAUACUUCAAAGCCUCCAUUUGAAGAUUAUAUCUCAGGCAAAGAGGGCUUACGAGAAAAAAGUGUGUGAUUGGCAAGUUAUGAGCGAAAAAUUUGAAGCUCUGCAGAAGAAAAUUGCCCAAUCCUUCUGUAGUUACGUCACCAACAGAUUUGGAGGGGUGGAUCACGAUAACAACUGCGAGAAAUGCUACGAUCAACGUCGGGCAAACCGCAUGACAAUUAAAAUUCAUGAGCACCCACUUCCAAGCAAUCCAGUUCAAGCCAAAGCUGUGGUAUUUGAACUUCAGUGUCCAGAGGCUUUCAGAGCCUACCGUAACGCAACCUGGCAGGCAUUUGGUGUUAUGGCUUGCCCUAAUACGCAGCCUAAAAUUGAACCUAAGCUAUUAAUUUAUGAGUAUAGCGAACUCCAAAAUUUUGUUACUGGCAACCCGUACGGAUUUACACUUGCAUCAACGAGGAAGUCUUUGUUAUCGACCCAUUACAGAGGAGUUUAUUUUCCAGUGAGACUAGAGGACAUAUGUUUCGACAAUAAUCUAAAAGUUAGAUAUUAUAAUACCUACACCGGAACAUUCUCCAACCGACAAAGUUAUACUGCAAGCUUUUCUCACCAUCUUCGGAUGAAUACCCCUAUAAACUCUCCAUUUGCAUCCAUCACACCUCAAGGCAGCUUGUCAGGCUCAUCCUCUUAUGAGAUUAUAGCAAGUCAACCGUCUUGUCCUGCGGGUUUGAAUGCUCACGAAUUCAUGGCUUAUAAAUCUCUUUUCUCCGGCAUUAUUAGUCGUUGGCCUACAAUCCUUGUUGAACUUGGAUCCUCAAACUUGAACUUUAGCACCAAGGGUCCCUCCUCGUUAAUUUGCCAACUUGCAAUACAGGCAGGCCCAAGAGAUAAAAAUGACCCUUUUCGAGUAGUGCAUAAGAUAUUUCACGAUGAAUCUUUUUGCACUCAAUUAAUUACAAUGCUUCAAGAACGACUAGUUGGGAUUGCAUCAAACUGGCGAGAGACUGAUUGCAUGGAGAUGCUAAUUACACUGAUUCUCCGAUUAUGCAGUUUGGCUCCAGUCAAGGUUCUUGAGAAGGCUCUCGUUCUACUAGGAAUGGCCCAGGAAACUCUAUUGAAAUGGGUUCGGCACUUACGCCAUGAAAUUUGCACCUCUGGUGAUUCAGAUAUCAUUGCGAACUGUUCGGAAUUCGCUUUCAUCGUUGCAUUACUUCUAAGGAGGACCUUUGCUGUCUACGCGGAAAACAUUCCGGGAUACACGGGGAACAUGACGGAAAGAGAUAUACGCUGCUUUAUUGAGGCAUCUAUCUCACUCCAAGAUAAUGCCCCUAGUGACUUGAAGUCACUAUCACCAUCUCCACGACGUGCACUUAUCCGAGACUUAAAAAUGGUAUACCGGAUGCGCUCCAUACUAUCACAAUCUUUGAAUAAUCACUCUGGUAGUCUAGGUGCUGUUAUCACAGAAAUUUGGACUCAGAGCUCUCAAACGGUUGGAGAAUUCUCUGACCUUAAGUUAAUAGAAGGAUGUGAAUGGGCUGAGAUUGAGAUCAGCCCUACGAUCACCUCAAGGAAGCAAACUGUUCAUUACCACAUUCUUGAAGGGCAUUUACUUGUUGAUGGUCAGCCUUUAGCAACUCUUCCAGCAAAUUACCGAAAUGCCAUGGUUAUAGACCGCCUAUUUGGAAAUCAGAGAUUACUUGUCUAUCCUUCGUCGCUCCAGGGUAUGUCAUAUGUUUUUCCCUUCGAGGUCAAUAAACAGAGAAUCCACAUAGGCUUUCGGGAUGGCAAAACCUUUGUUCGAGCAGAGACUAGGGGCAUAGUUUAUGAAUUCCUCCCCUGCGAAAUAUUCGGGUCUAAGAGGAAUUUUGACCUUCCUGGACCCUUGGUGGAAAAUUGCAUUCAUUGGCUUAAUUUGUCAACUGGAAAAAUUAAAAUUAGAAGGAGACCCAACAUAUGGCAUGAUAAGGAGAGUAACUGGGAAGUCGAUUUCUACAAUCGAAAAGCUUGUCGCCGUACUGUUACUUUGGUUGAUCCUCACAGCCAGCUUUUCCGCCUUGUCACUAGUGUAUUUGACGGUUUUGAGAACCCUGGAUACAUAACUAUUUUUCAGCCAUCUGAGAGACGCCUUUCGGUGGAACUUCGCCGCCUGGAACUUGACUUUAACGUUUCUGAAGGUGGAUACCUUAAGUGCAAACAAUUGAACUCAGUUAUCGACAUGAAUCAAGAUGCAGGUACAUGGUAUGGGCUAAACAGCAAGCUCGUCCUCCGCGAUGUGGAUAAUCAUGAGCAGCGCAGUAUCAUCGUGCCCAUGGGCCCUAUACGCAGCACCAGGAAUGGCAUUCAUGUUACCGUAUUUGCGGAAAAUCAGGGAACUUACGGUCGAUUCUUCAUCAAUAACUCGCUUGGGAGGCUAGACUGCCCAGCUGAGCCUUGGACUUUAUAUGUCAAAGCUCAGUUUCACGCGUAUACGUCUUUUGUUAUACCUGAUCAGCUGACAGGCCGUACAGGAACGGAAGAAGCCGUUCAUUGCCUAGAUUCGGGCUAUAGCCAGCCAUGGACUACGGUGAAUUCUGGGCCCCAUGAGACUCUUCAGUCUAUCGCACAGCUGGCUCCAACUAGGGUUUAUUACCCUCCAGGCUCAAAGACUGUUCAGCACACUACUUGGAAUGAGAACUUAACACCAUGGAUUCAACAUGAGAUUUUUUCAUUUUUAGUUGAGAAAAUCCGCGAAACAGAGAGACAGCUGAGGCAAUUCAAUGUUAAUGAGGCUGGUCAGCUAACUACCAAGCCCGUUUGGGAUGAUUUUCUGAUGAAGAGGGCUUAUCGGAGAAGAAAUGCAUAUCAAAGGCCUAAUGCGGGGUUUCAUGAGUUGUCCUUUUUGGAAGAUACAAUGUACGAGUCGCGAGAUCGAUUCCGGGAAGAUCAAAGCCGUACCAAUGUCUUUGAGAUCAGUAGCUUUGUGAAAAACUGGUCAACAAACACAGGAGCUCAUAUUGACUUGAUCAAAAAGCUGGAGGCUUGGCCUACAAUAGGAGGAUACCAUCAAAUUUUUGACAAGGUUCUCUUAAGUGAUAUGCUUGAUGCACAAUUCGAUAAAUCUUGGGGUUCGAUUGUUAACUUCUGCCGCAACUCUGAGGCAGAGAAGAAGUACCGCCUUAUGAUGAUGAUGGCCUUGAUGUCUUUUUCCAGCCACGCUGACAUGGAAAUAAUACGGACUCUGGUUCUUUUCGCUACGGUUCCAAGCCUAAAAUCUCUGAAUCCACCAAAGUGGGUUCAUUAUAAGGAUUUUCGCUACAACCAACAGCCCACGGUGGCCUAUCUCCGUAAAUUAAUCCAGAAUUGCAGUGUCCCAUACACUGGAGACGAACGGGGUUUUUUGCCGCUAAACAUCAAGACGAGGAAACGACUUGAAGCUGCAGAAAGGGAACAUGAGAAGCGAGUCGAAAGAGAUGCUGUUGCGUUUUCAGAAUUUAUCUUUGCACAAUGGCCUUGUUUUGAGCCAAGUACACUAGAGAUGCCUGAUAUCUCGUUGCUGGACGUACAGCUAGCCUUGAAAUUAAUCCUUCCAGAUUGGUCUCGGCUUUUCCAAAAUUCGGAAUUAUCUAACUAUCUUGCCAAAGUCCAAGCGACUUUACUCUCCAACAACUUUGGAAAGUUCGAACCGUUCAACUGCUGCAUUAAGUCCAUGGCUACAGAAAUUUUUCCCACUAGAACUCGAGGAGUUGAUAUCCCUACUCUUAUGGGCAAUCUGUUACGCAAGCCUUGCAUGGUAUAUACUCACGAGCGUUAUCCGAUAAAGGCCGUAAAUAAUGGUCAUGAUACCCUACUUACAAGUAGUGGGAAGCACAGUUUUCUCAAUUCUGGCGAACAGGCAGAUAUUCAGAAUAUGUUUACACCUCAAAGAGGGGGUUUCUCGGAGACCCUUGAACUCGAAAAAAUCAUCAAGAGAAUUGCAAAUUCCCCUUCGUUAGUUAGACAACAAUAUGGACAAGAUUUAAUGACUAGUCUCAAUGCACUGAGAGUUAUUAAAACUGCACAUGGACUAACAAGUAAGGAAUUUGAACCCUCCACUCUUUAUAAGAACAUUGCUUUAGCGACCCAAGAGGUACAGCACCACCUCGAGCAUCUCAAGUCUGCCCUGAACGGAAAUGAUUUACGUUUUCGUUGGCUACAUUCUGCAGGUCUAUGGCCUUGCAUGACAACAGUUACCCUACUUGAGCAGCUUCGUUCCACCUUUAAGGGUGUUUUUGGACCUGGAAUGAAAGAGAGCCUCAUCGCUUUUGCAGUAGCAAUUGUUUCCAGACAACGUCUCCUGAGAAUCAAAGAUGCGUACUUACGACAUAAAUACCAGAUACUUGAUGAUGAGCAAAAAUAUACGCCGCAUCUGAACUGGGACCCUGCCCUUCAUCCGGACUGGCUACUACUACAGAUUGACGCAGAUAUUUGUAUCAGGCCUAAUCAAGUUGAUGUUGCGUAUGCAACUAUUUCCCCGUCUUCAAGAGCCAAUUCGGUCCUGCAGAUGAAUAUGGGUCAAGCUGCUGUUUUAUCAGACACUACAAAGCUUCUUCGUGUAGUUGUGCCAAAGGCGCUACUUCUUCAAACUUCCCAGGUACUUCAAGGAAGACUUGGUGGCUUGGUAGGGAGAGAAAUACGACAUGUUCCGUUUUCUCGCAGAACGCCUACUAGCCCGGAUAUGAUCAAUAGUUAUCUCAAAAUCCACAAAGACAUAAUGUCAUCUGCUGGCGUUAUCGUUGGUCUUCCGGAGCAUAUGAUGUCCUUCAAGCUUAGUGGCCAGCAGAGAUUGGUCGAUAACAAAUUGCCUGACGCAAAACAGAUGAUCAAAAUCAAUGAAUGGAUGCAAAAGGUCUGUCGUGAUGUUUUGGAUGAAUGUGACUUUACUCUAGCUCCUCGGACACAACUUAUAUACCCUAGUGGUACGCAGAGCACAGUAGAUGGCCACCCUCAACGAUGGGAGACUGCAGAGAAAUUGCUCGAACUAUUCUCCGGCCAUGUGUGGGGACUCUGGCAGAGAUACCCUAAAAGUAUCGAAGUGAUUCCAAGGCCUAAAGGUGGUUUUCCAAUUGUUUACUUCCUACGAAAGGAUGCGGAAGAAGCUUUGAUGAGCCUUAUCGUUAAGGAUAUCAUAGACGGUCGAACUUCAGUGAUUCCUGUUCAAGACUGUCGCCACUCAGAGCUUAUGGAUAUCAAAGCCUUCAUUUCAGAAGCAACAAUACCACCUAAAAUUGUCAAGCGGGUAUCCUCCUUGUUUCCAGACAAUUCUGCAGCGAGGCGGAAUAUAUAUCUGUUGCGGGGACUUUUAGUUCAUCGGAUUUUGCUUCUCACACUUAAAAAGCGCUGGAAUGUACAGUAUGGUCUCCAUCCUCUACGGGACCCUAUUGCGGUUCCAUUUACUGCAAAGGGGGUUCCAUCCGAACAAGCUGAAUGGGGACAUCCGGAUGUCGCCAUACUAUUUACCUGUUUAGCGUUUUAUCUCGGCGGGUUGGAGCUUCCACAGGUGAGGCAAUGCCUAGAUGGCCUUAUGAAAUCUAGUGACCCAUCAACCACAUAUGAGCAGUGGAGCAAUAGCUCAGAAACACUCCCUAAGAUCCUCCGUGACUGGAACACGAUAAACACCGAAGAUGAAUCACAAGUCCUCCAGCUUUGGAGUCAUCUCCGCUAUCAAAUGCCUCUCAUCAAUUAUUUUCUUAACCACUUUGUCUUUCCAAAACACGCAAAGCAAUUCAGGGUGAAAUUGCAAGCUUCAGGAUGGGAUAUUCCGUUGUCAUCACCCCGUGCCAACCCUGGAACAAUGACAACUGGGUUUAGCGGGACAAAUGAUAAUCGCACAGUACUUCCAUUAACAAUAGAACAAAAGGAUCUCAACUCGCUAGUGCAUACAAAUGCUGAAGUGUUAACCUUCAUUCUCCGGGCCCGCCAAUACGUGGUUGCUAAAGACACUGACGGAAAGCGUUUGACGGAAACAGGGCUCCUCGAGCUCCUGAGAAACAUGAAAAUACGAGUACUAAUUGACGCUGGAGCCCAAAUUCUCGAGAUGGACAAUUUGAGCUUAGUGAAGGAAUGGCUGCGGGUUGACUGGAAAGCCCCAGCAGCGAUGUAUUUCAAUACUGAGAACAAGCCAUAUAUCAUCUAUCGCAACGGCUAUCAAGUCCCCCUUCUAGCAUCUCCUUAUGCUGAUAACUUGGCAGACUGCCUUGUAUACCUUGACGAGGCUCAUACCCGAGGCACAGAUCUAAAAUUCCCCGGAGAUGCAAUUGGGGCCCUCACUCUUGGCCUGGGACAAACAAAAGAUCAUACUGUGCAAGCUGCUAUGAGAUUAAGACAGCUCGGUACCACACAAUCAAUUACAUUUUUCGCUCCCCCUGAAGUUCACUACAGUAUACUCGACUCUCGAGGACUGCAUGCUUCCGUUCCGGUAAAAGCUGCUGAUGUUGUCUACUGGCUCUUAGUCCAAACAUGCAUUGGCAUAGAGCAGAUUCAACCCCUAUACUUUUCUCAGGGUAUGGACUUUUGCCGCCGAACACAAGCAGCCUUGGAUAAUCCAAAGUGUUUGACCGAUCCAAACCAACGGCAACAAUAUUGUAAGGCUCUGCAACAAGAGGAAAUGCAAACUUUACAAGAGCUUUUUAAGCCAGUCGCGAAAGCAAAGUCGAGGGCUGCUGUAACAGCGUACUCCCCCCAAAUCGCAACGCAUGUUAAAAAUCUUGAACAGCGGCGGAAAGGUUUCCAGGAUUUUGGGGACGCUGUUCACAGCUCUGCUUUACAGGAGGUAGAACAGGAGAGAGAGGUCGCCUAUGAGGUUGAAGCCAUCCGGGAAGUUCAAAAAGCUCCUCGUUUCACGGCUUUAGUCUUUCCUGGCCUUCACGAAGAUAUCGAAAGGUUUUGUCGUACAGGGAUGUUGACAUCCUGUUCCUCGGGUUAUCAGCAAGCAUUCAUAGCUUUAAAAAAGACUGGGCUAGGACAAAAGCAUGGUAUUAACUCCAGUGCAACCUCAUCGAAAUUAUUUCUUUCCAAAGAGUUCUUGAGGACUAUACGUUUGCCAGUUGGCGAGUAUAAUGACAACUACAUACGUCAUGUAAACUGGGUAUUAUGGAGUCCUCUCUCAAAGGCUGCCCUUGUGAUUAUUCCUGAAGAAGCAGAGUUAUUGAUCCAUCUCCACCAGAAAUCAAAGCAUAUCCAUACUCAUUUACUGACCUAUGCCGCGCCCGUUACGCGUGGAAUGUUACGCUUCAACAAUUUAGAUUUUUAUUCCAUCCCGCGAUUACCCGAAAAUUGGAAAGCACCUUCUUGGCUGACUAUUGAGCUUGGAAUUCUAGCAGGCCGGGUAUAUUUUGAUUAUUCUGAAUAUGAACCAAUGUGCAAGUAUCUGGGGCUCGCGAGUUCAAUGGCCGAGAUAACUCCAGAUACUUUGGAGAGUGAUAUGUCAUUGACGAAGAUGCCAGAGGAGGACAUGGAGAAUACCGUCAAGACGAGCAAUCUCAGCUUUACAUCCAAACCACUGUCUUUCCUUCAGGAAUGGCUAGCUUUAAGACGGAAAGGGCAAGAGUUCAACAACACGCCAAUGGGCUAUAUAUGCCAGGGCAAAAUGUUAAACGAGAGAAAUGCAUUCUUCUCAUCUAGCAGAGAACUACGAGCGAACGUGCCCAAACUCAAAGCGAAAGGCAACAGUUCCGAUGAUGACGAAGACAUUGAAAGCCCCGAGGCAAGCGACUAA